AGCCUAAAGAGGGAGGAAAGACCUCGGUCCUCUGAGACUCGGAGAUCUCGUAGUCGGUGGCCUUCUCUCUACUUUGGUGUGGAUGUUGGGACUCACUCCCGCCAUUUUAUUUGUCCAAUCAAGACUGUUUCAGACAUUUGCAGGUGACAUUUUUGGUUGAUUAUUUGGUCAAAUUUGGAGAGAACCAAAUAUCAUUCAUUCGUCGUUGACUUGUGUGUAUAUAACUGAGAUUCUUAUAGUGGAAAAGACAACCAGCCAACUAACCAGUCAGCCAUCAAGUCAGCCAUCGAGUCAGCCAGCCACUUGACUCAAUCCGAACUACUCGUGAUCCAGGAGGCCACACGAGGGCCAAAAACGAUCGCUGCGGAUAAUACAGUCAGCUAGUCAGUCCUGACAAACAGCCAACCAACCAACCAUUGCUGAUUUCCGAGGCGGACCAGGUGAGGACGAGCCACUCGAGGAGCGAAGGCUUCCCCGCGUCCUCCCAUCAGCGCCGAGUAACAAUCGUCGCUGGGUGGGACGGACCAUGGAAUGAAGGAGAUCGAUCUGUGCCAUUUCCAAUAUUCCACUUCACCCUCACUUUCAAAGGCCUACGCCAGGCUUGUGCUUUGAGCCAACUGGCUGAAGACUGCCCUUGAGUGAACUCCACCCCUUUGGUCUUGAUCAUCCCCGAUCCUCGUCCUGAUUACCAUCCAUGGAAUUGCUUGGAACCCAUUGGUUGAUGGGAACACACAUUGAGAUCAUAGGCCCUCAUCAUUAGAUUAAAGGAAUGACUUCAUGACCGCACACAUCCAUCGGAGACAUAGGCCACGAAUCCUGUUGUGAAAAAAACCAUUAAUCAAUGGUAUUGUUCGCUCCGGAUACAAGAGAAAUCAAAUGAAUCCGGAUGGUGGCUGCUGAUCCCACCAUUGUCAUUGUUCCUUAACCUAACAUUACAACGACGGCAAAGAAUUCCACUAGCAUAUACUGCUCUUCCUCUUCUUUUCGUCUUCAACCACUACCAUUAACAGUACCUACUACGGCUACUACUGAUGCUCGCGUAUUUCCGCUCUUGACCGAAUGUGAGAUGGAGAAGAUCCCUUUGGCUGAUUGGACCGGUGUUUGAAGAGCUCUCCAUUACAAUUAGAGCCAUGGAUAUGGCUUUUGCGGAUGUGAUGGAAGUCUUUGUGACUCCCAUCACAGUUCUGAUCGGCCUCCUAGGGAAUGCCCUAUCCAUAUGUGUGCUGAGGAAGAAAGAGAUUCAGUUGCGGGGAAGCUUCGCUCGAAUUCUAAUCGCAUUGGCCGUAUUUGAUAUUACGUUCAUUGCCGCUUCGGGUGGAAUGUUCUCACUGAGGGCAUUAAGUGAUUACUACCGGAUGCACAUCUACCCCUACACGGUUCCCAUCCUGUUGCCAUUGGCUCAGAUUUCCAUGACGGCAUCCGUGUACACCACCGUGGUCACGUGCUUUGACAGAUACAUUGCCAUCUGCCGGCCGGCCUUAUUGGGUUGCUGUGGACGGAGCGAGGAAAAGACCUCGUGGAGUCUCAUCAUUGGGACGGCCAUCUUCUCAGUGUUCUACAAUAUCUCACGUUUCUUCGAGUACAGAGUCAUGUGGGUCACGACCACCUAUACAAACUUUGACAACUUCACCAAUGAGUCCUUAUUGGCCAAUGUCACUGAAUUGGCGGUCGUGCCCACCGAGUUGCGGGAAAAUGUGAAUUACAUUCAGUAUUACAUUCUGUUGACCAACUUCAUCUUUAUGGGGAUUUGUCCGAUCAUCGUGAUGAUCACGUUCAAUGUGCUGGUUGUCAGAGCCGUUGAGGCGGCAAAUCAGCGGCGGGCUCGGAUGACCAAGCGACAGCAAAGAAACAUCACCGUCACCUCCAUGCUCGUGUCCGUUGUUCUAGUUUUCCUCAUCUGUCACAGUGUCAAGCUUAUUAUCAAUUGCUACGAAGUCUACCAACUGAUCUCCAUGAGCGGCUCAUCCCCAUCCUCUUCUCCGUCCGGGAACGAACUCUCGAAAGAGAACCAGGCUCACUCGAGGGGAGGAGCAGGAGCAGGAGCAGGAGGGACAACUGGCACAGGAGGAGGGGGGGAAGUGUCCUACUUUGAGCCUCUCAAUAAGAUGGAAAACGACACCCUGUACAUGGAUGACGAGAUCGAUGACGGAAGUCAAACCUGGCCAUUGUGGGCGGAUUACAUGACGAUAAUCAGUCAUUGGUUGCUCAUCUUGAAUUCCUCAUGCAACAUCGCCAUCUACCUUCACAAGGAUCCAAAGUUCAAAGCCGUGUUGAAAGACAUGAUGCUCAACUUGUUCAAAAUCCCGCACAUCUCGUUGGCGGCCUGUGAAGAGGAGGAAUCCCGCACGGGAGCCGUUAGACUUCAAGUAUUUCGCCAGGGGGAGCAGAACCAAGCCAUGGUCGAGCUUGAGGGAUUCGAGGACGAUGAUGACGAGGACGACGAUGAUGAUGAUGAUGAUGAUGAUGAUGAUGAUGGGGGCGAGGAGGAGUCCUUUCCGACGAAAGCCGAUUCUUUCGACAAUGGAAACCACAGCCCGGGCUAUGGUCAAGUUCGCACCGCCUCCACCGGAACAAUGACAAAGAACCAAUGUCAGAUCUUGAUUACCACGCACACUUGAACCAUCCCCCCAUCCCCCAUAUUCGUUCUCGCUCAAGGUCCAAACCUAUGAUCUUUCGUCUCCAAGCAAGACAACAUAACCAUGAAAUGAGUACCUCAAUGAGUUGGUCGUUCAUUUUUGUUGGCCAAUAAUGGAAUAUCCUCGUAGUGAUCAUUCUUUGUGACCGUUCUCGGUCCCACGUUUCAUUCGCUUUGGACUUCGUUCUCUCAUUUCAUGUGUUUCCUCUGAUGUACGAGUACAGUAGAUCCUAGACGAUUAGGCCAACCCGACAACUUUCAUCCUGUUGCUCUUCUGGAAUUCUGGAAGCAAGUCAACACGAAAUGUUUGAAAAUGUCACUAAAUGAGAGAUUUGUGCCAUUUGUACGUGCUGUUAAGACAAGAGUAUUUCUAUUCAUAUUUUCUUUGUUGAGAAUGCUUCCCACCAAAGUAUCGGUCUAAAAAAUAAUAUAUCCGUUGCCCUGCGCGAGGAUUCCGUUUUACAGGUAAUCCAAAAUAUAUCACAAUUCCAAGGCAGCGUUUGUUUUUCCUUGGAUGGUUGUACCGAGCAGUAAUAUACUAUAUUCUAACCAA